AGAGAGAGAGACAGAGAAAGAGAGGAGAGAGAUGGCAUGCUUUGACAGGGCAUCACCAGCAUUGAAGGAGAUUCUGCUGAAACUAUACCGUGCUGACAAACCCUUGGAGAGUGAUCAUCAUUUGCAUGAAUUUGGGUCUGUGGAAUACCAUAUUCAGUCUUCUGCAUCAUAUCCACAUCAUACCCACUUGUCAAUAUCAACCCCACUACUGUCUCAAGGAAUCCUACUCUCACAUGGGCUUCCACGUUACACAAUAGAGAUGGUAAAGGGAAUUUGUUCAGAUGCUGUGGAGAUUGUAGAACCUCCAAGACAAGGAUAUCAGCUUACUUUAAGACUGGACUUUGCUAGAAUUCCUCAUGGCAAAGAGUCAAUAAAAAUGAUCUCAGAGAUUUCCUCAGUGCAAGCUGUAAUUCUAAGCUCCCAGCUGAAAGAACUGUUAAUGAACGUCAACUCCCAGGAGAUAUCUCAGGGGAUGUAUAGACCAAUUAAACUUGUUUAUCAUCCAAGGGAGCCUUUCUUUGUCAUCAAACAGCCAGCAAAAAUAACUGCAGUAUUCCCAAUGCGCUUUAAAGACAAUUCGGACGUAAUCAUUGCAACAGCCUUCUUUCAGGAACUCAUGGAUGCUGGAAAUUCACAAGAAUGUGCAAAAGCACCUCCUUGCACCUGGUCACCUAUUCCACCUCCUGAGUUAAGAGGAGAGGCCAUUGAGGAUCUGAGCACCAAUGGAGGUUUCGUCUCUUUUGAUAUUACUUCACGUCAUGUUGAAGGCAAGAAGUUAGACAAGACUGUAUGGAACCUGCUGAACUUCUAUGGGUUUGUAAAAUAUCAUGUGAAGUGCACCAGAGGUUUCAUACAAAGACGGAUGAGAAAACGUUUGGAAAGCUUGGUUGAGGUAAUAAAACUAAAACCUAUACAUACAAACCAGCAUUGUGGUUUACCAACAUUUAUAACACAGUAACCUCUCUUGCCUUCUAUAUCUUCUAUUGUUGGCAUUUAUCUUGAGAUUGCAAAAACAAGCAUAACUGCAUGAGCCACACCCACAUCUCAUCAAGUUAAACAUAUCUAACUUUCAUUGUCACGCAGAUUCUGCAAAAGGUUGGCAUAGAAGAAGAUCAACCGAUUAGGAAUGUCCAAGGAUCUAGGUGCAUGAGGAAACUGGUCGGUCUAUCAAAUUCGAAAACCCUUAUUCAAAGGUGCAAUUUUAUUAAUAAUAUCAAAAGAAUCCGCUCGAGACUAAAAAUCCAUGGAUUCAAUCGUUUUCGCCGACGAUGGUUGACCAUCCCUAAGUUCUCUUCUGCAACAAGAUAUAGAAAACUUGACUGACUUUUUUUUUCUAAUUUGCAGUUAUGAAUAGCCAUAGGUUUUCUUCAGUUGUAAUUUCAGAAAUAGCAUAAUUACAAGCUUACAUUAUUUCGUUGUGCGUUGAACACUGAUAAUGCUUGAACUUUUCAUAUACUAGGAUCCAAGGAAUUAUGCAAGACCUUGACUUUAUCAAACAGUGGUGUUCAUAAACUAGGUCUUUAAGCUUAUGGCUUAUGUCAAAAAUCUUGGUUUUUAAACCCCUAAAUUCUGUAACUAUCCAGAUGCUUAAAUUACAAAAAUUAUUGUUUCAGUGCAUCUGUUACCAUUAAAAGAAAUGCAUACAUAAAUAUAAAGGCAAGAUCAAAC